CACUACAUAAACAAAUUCCACAGUUUUGUCAUGUUUGUGUAGAAUUUGUGUUGUUUUGCCGUGUUACCUCCCUAUUUUAUUCUGUUUUAGAACUGACAACCUCACCAAUUUAUCAUUAUGACUGCUGUGCAGAUGAAGGAGGGCGAGUACACCGCCACAGUGUAUGGAAUGAUCAAAGAUCAGCGAUAUGGAGAAGCCAUCAAUAUUCUAACAAAUCAGUUGCAAACUCAUUCGAAGUCACGGGCUGCCUUAUCACUUCUGGGCUACUGUUACUACCAGAUGCAAGACUUCGUGAAUGCCUCUGAUUGUUAUGAGCAGUUGCAGAUGCUUCAUCCUGAGGUUGAGGACUACAAGCUCUAUUAUGCUCAGUCUUUAUACAAAGCUUGUCUCUAUCAAGAGGCCAUGAAAACUGCCUGUCAGAUUGAUAACCCUGCAUACCAAACACAGAUUACGAAGUUGCAAGCUGGAAUAAAGUACCAGGAAGAAGACAUCCCUGGAGCCCAGAGUAUGGUGGAGCAGUGUCCUAGUGAUGACCCAGACACAGAGAUUAACCUUGGUUGUCUACUUUUCAAGGAAGGAAACUUUAAUGAUGCCUGCACGAAGUUCACUCAGGCAAUGCAGAUUGUUGGCUACAAACCAGACCUCUCCUACAACAUCGCCCUCUGCCACUACAUGUUGAAGCAGUAUGCUCCAGCUCUUAAACACAUUGCUGACAUCAUAGAGAGAGGGAUCAGGGAGCAUCCAGAGUUGAGUGUUGGUAUGACGACUGAAGGGAUUGAUGUUCGUAGUGUUGGGAACACCCUGACCCUCCAUGAGACUGCCCUGAUUGAGGCAUUCAACUUGAAAGCAGCCAUAGAAUAUCAACUGAAAAAUCAUGAAGCAGCCUGUGAAGCACUAACUGACAUGCCCCCACGAGCUGAGGAAGAGCUUGACCACGUCACCCUGCAUAACCAGGCCUUGAUGAACAUGGAAGCGCUGCCUACCCAAGGCUUUGAGAAGCUGCAGUUCCUACUACAGCAGGUCCCAUUCCCACCUGAGACUUUUGGAAACCUCUUGUUACUGUAUGUGAAAUAUGAGUAUUAUGAUCUUGCUGCUGAUGUUCUAGCCGAGAAUGCACAUCUCACCUACAAACAUCUAACUCCGUAUCUGUAUGACUUCUUAGAGGCAGUAAUAACCCGGCAGACCUCGCCGGAGGAGGCGUACAGGAAGCUUGAUGAAAUGGCCGCAAAGCAGACAGAAGCUCUCAGAAAGCUCACAAAACAGGUCCAGGAGGCUCGGCAGAAUCAUGAUGAUGAACUGGUGAAGAAAUCUGUCAAUGAAUAUGACGAAGCUUUGGAAAGAUACAUUCCAAUCCUGAUGCAACAAGCUAAGAUCUAUUGGGAUCUUGAGAACUAUGCCCAGGUGGAAAAAAUCUUCAGGAAGUCAGUGGAAUUCUGUAACGAGCAUGAUGUCUGGAAACUGAACGUGGCACAUGUCCUCUUCAUGCAGGAGAGCAAGUUCAAGGAAGCGACUGGGUUCUAUGAGCCAAUCGUAAAGAAGCACUAUGACAACAUUUUGUCUGUUAGCGCCAUCGUCCUGGCUAAUCUUUGUGUUGCCUACAUCAUGACAAGUCAAAAUGAAGAUGCUGAAGAACUGAUGCGUAAGAUUGAGAAGGAGGAGGAGCAAGUGGCUUAUGAUGACCCAGAUAAGAAGAUAUUCCAUCUCUGCAUUGUCAAUCUGGUUAUCGGAACUCUGUACUGCGCCAAGGGAAACUAUGAAUUUGGCAUCUCUCGUGUGAUCAAGAGUUUGGAACCUUACAAUAAGAAACUUGGUACAGACACCUGGUAUUACGCCAAGAGGAACUUCCUCUCACUCAUCGAGAACAUGGCCAAACAUAUGAUCAUGUUACGCGACUCUGUGCUGCAGGAAUGCAUCCAGUUCUUGGAGCACUGUGAAUUGUAUGGUCGAGAUGUAAAGGCAGUGAUUGAGCAGCCUCUUGAGGAGGAGCCCAUGCAUCCUGGGAAGAACACUGUGACCUACGAGGCAAGGAUGAUAAAGAGUCUAUUCUUGGAACUCAUGGAAGGAUAUUAGACACUUGGCUCUCACGGCUGCAGGGAAUUUGGUCCCACUAGAACCUAAAAUGCGUGUGAUGGAUGUGACAGUGUAAUAACUGUAAACAGAGACUAUUCUAUCUUAACAACUCUUUUGAUCAAACAAAUUGAAUCCAAGUUAUUGCUUGCCAAAUAGAUGAAAAAUUCAAUGCACCAGAACUACUAUUCCUGUUGUUAUUUAUUAUACUACAUGCGUGUUUACUGCAUAAAUGACAAUCUCGCAUACUGUUUUUCAUAUUUUCAAGUUGGUUUCCAGAUGCAGACUACCAGUUUGUCUGUAAUGUGUGUGAGGAUUUACAUAGUAGGAUGACAUACUCGCUAAAAGUCACACCUGUCACGGUUUUUUUCUUCUGUAUAUAUCACCUUGUAAUUUAAUCCAUCCAAUACAAAUAUUUCACUUUAUAUUCUUGUUCUGAAAUGCUGACAAAUAAAGAUUACACAAAUAUUGACAAACAA